UGUGCAUCAGGCUCCGGAGCCAGAGAUGCAUCAGGGACGCCUGCGUCUGCGGCCGUGGCUGGAGGAACAGAUCGAUUCGGGCAGAUAUCCUGGAGUCGUGUGGCUGGACCAGUCUGCCAGAGUUUUCCAGAUUCCUUGGAAACAUGCGGCCCGGCACGGCUGGAAUAUCGAGAAAGACGCGACUCUGUUUCGAAACUGGGCGAUCCACACAGGGCGAUACAAACCCGGCGUAGACAAACCCGAUCCCAAGACAUGGAAAGCGAACUUCCGAUGUGCCCUCAAUUCCCUGACAGACGUCAAAGAGCUCCAAGACAAGAGCAUCAAGAAAGGCCACAACGCUUUCAGAGUUUAUAUUCUCCUUCCACACAGCAAAACAGUCAAAAGACGCAAAGCUUUAAGGUGUUUGGAUACUGACAGUAAAGCAGCAUCACCGCCACAAACACAAAGAAACAUACCACUGGAGAGAUUUACAGAGGCCUUCUGGAAGUUCACCGAUGAUCGAGGCAGUGCCACAACUGAAGUGCUGAGAAAAGAUGAUCUUGAGGAGGAGAGACCAGCCAUCUACUGCUCACAGGGACUGCAGCUGAACAGAUCGGACGAGCACGAGCAAACUGAAGCCGUGCUGAAGAUCGUGGAUCAUCUGAAGACCCUGGAGCACUGGAGUCCCUCGUACGAGAGCGACAGAGGCUGGAGACCCAACUCAACGUGGAUGGGAAGCCUGUGUGAGACGAUGGAUUUUUCAGGUUACUCCUUCCAGACGGACUGCAAUACCUCAUCAGGUCAAUACGACCAGAUCAGCUGAACCAGAAGCUUCACACUACUCUAUCUGUUGUUGUUUUUGUAGUGCAACUGAAGGAAAAAAAAACAUUAAUUAAUGGACAUUUUAAUCACUGGACAGUGAAAUGAUUUUGAAUAAUAAUAAAUUAUGUAUAAUAAUAAUUAUCCAGACAAGACACUUGCCAUUUUAUUUGUUUCCAAAAUCUUUCAA